AGUAAUCAAGUAAAGGGGCACACCUGCAAAUAUACACGGAACAGCUUUCUUUCCCCUUCGCCUUCGUCUUCGCCGUGUCAGGUGGAUCAGCGGCCGGCACUGACGAUGUCGUCCCUCAACUCGCUCUUCAACCGCUCCUCCCCCUUCGGCACCAAAUGCAAAACAUGCUUGAAUUUGAUCAUUUCGAGGAUCAAGCUGCUGCGCAAUAGGAGGGAGAUGCAACUGAUAAAUAUGCGCAAAGAGAUGGUUCAGUAUCUUCAGACAGGCCAGGAGUCUAUUGCGAGGAUUCGGGUUGAGCAUAUUAUUCGGGAGCAAAAUAUAUUGGCUGCCUAUGAGAUUGUCGAGCUUUUCUGUGAAUUUGUUCUGGCACGAGUCCCUAUUGUUGAGGCCCAAAAGGAAUGCCCCAUAGAAUUGAGAGAAGCAAUAGCUAGUAUAAUCUUUGCAUCAGGAAGAUGCUCAGACUUGCCUGAGCUAAUGCAUCUCCGUAAUUUGUUUACCACCAAGUAUGGGAAGGAGUUUGUUGCUGCUGCUAUGGAAUUGCGCCCUGAUUGUGGUGUUAAUCGCACAAUAAUUGAGAAGCUUUCAGUUAAGGCUCCAUCAGCGGAAUCAAAGUUGAAGGUUUUGAAAGCUAUUGCUCACGAGUACAAUCUUGACUGGGAUUCAUCUAAUACUGAAGCAGAAUUCAAUAAGAAAUACGAAGAUCUGCUGGAUGAUUCAGGAUCAUCAGUCCGCCAAGGCCAAACACCUACAAUUGAGAGCUCUCCAGCCUCUUCCAUUUCCAGAGAUAAGCCAUCUAUUCUACCUGUCAACGACACAAGCAAAAACAAAACUCCCGAGUCCCCAAAGUCACCUGCUGUGAGUUCAAGAGCAUAUGCUGCCACCAAGAGUAAUGUGGCCAGUCAAGAGCAUCAGCCCCCUGCUGCGGAGAGAUCAUCCUGCGCUGGCCCAGGCUCGUCGGACGUGCUAGAAAAGGCCCGAGCUGCCAUUGCUGCGGCCACCCGUGCCUCCGCCGCUGCCCGUGCAGCAGCAGAGCUUGUUAACAAGGUUAAAGUUACAACUCAAUGAUCUACUCCCGCUGUGGAGGCACGAUUUGACGACUCGCCGUCAUGACCCGAUGAACAUGUAUGUUCCAUUGCAUAACAAUUAUGUGUAUUCCUCUGUAAGUGCGUUGCUUGGUUGCAUGUACACCUUUUUUCAUGGACCAUGAAUUGUAGUAAAUCAUAGCAGUGGUGAGAACCAAA